AUGUGGGGCGUAGGUUGCAUUUAUGUUGAAAUGGUGACGGGACUGCCUACUUUCCAGUACAGUCCCUUUUUCCAAGUUUGCUCAUCAGAUCAACUUCUUACGAUAUUUAAAAUUUUAGGUACUCCAACAGAACAGACGUGGCCUGGCGUAUCACGAUUGCCUUCGUACAAGCCUCGAAAAUUUUAUUAUUAUAAGUCUCGUAGGUUAGGUUUAAGUUUUCCUCGACUGCACGAUUCUCCUGAUGGUGAAUCAGUGGCCGAGAGUUUGUUGCAAUUGAAUCCGGAUGACAGGAUAGGGGCUGACGAGUGCCUGAAACACAGAUAUUUCAGCUCGUUGCCCCCCAAACUACACGAACUGCCUGACGAGGCUUCAAUAUUCAGUGUAGAAGGCGUAUUCCUUUACCCCGAACACAGACAAGCCGGGAUCAAGUGAGACAACAACUUGAAAAUAAGUUUAGUAUAAACUUAUGAGAUUUCAUAACGAAACUAUGAUUAACAGACAAGAUGCCAAAAAAUAUAUAUUUAUUUACAUAUACAGCGGAAGACUUUUGGUGGCUUUCCUCUUUAAAGCCAGAAGUGAUAUUUCUCUAAAAGUGUGUCCAUUAUCGACCAAAGUAUAUGUACAUCCAUAUAUAUAAGUAUACGAAUGUAUUGUGAACGAGUGAUGUGAUAAGCGUAAAUUUAUUUGUUUGUUGUUAUUUU